UUAGACAGUUGUUUUAAUUUCUUAUGGUUACAAGAUUCUCGUACUUCGAGUUUGGUUAGUUGAUAAAAGUAACAUGCAGUAAUAAUAGUCGAUAAAACAUACGGACGUUCCGGUCGGAUGUCACAAGUGUGUGGUAAUUUGCAGCAGAAAUCUCACUGGAAGCUGAUUUUAGAACGCGCCGAGGUUUUCGUAGUUGAAAGGGUUGAAAGUAGUUGAUAUUCACAGGCUAAAAUUAAGACAACAAAACUCGUUUCGGGAAUUCGAGUCAUAAUAAUUUGUUUAUGGUAAUGUGUACAAUUUGAUGGUGUUUAUUUGUGAAAAGUCUACGUUUUAUAAUUUUGUACAAUGCCAAGCAAGAAAAAAAAAUACAAUGCUCGUUUCCCAGCGGGACGUAUCAAGAAAAUCAUGCAAACGGACGAAGAAGUAGGAAAAGUUGCUCAAGCUGUACCAGUCAUAAUCUCUAGAACCCUAGAGUUAUUCGUAGAGUCGUUGUUAACGAAAACAAUGCAAAUAACGAGUGCCAAAAAUGCCAAAACUCUUAGUCCGUCUCAUAUGAAGCAAUGUAUCCUUUCUGAAAGUCGCUUCGACUUUUUGAAAGACUUGGUCAAGGGACUUCCUGAUGUUACCAGCCCCGACGAUGAGGUACCUACACCGCCAGCAACUCCUGCACCUCAGUUGCCUUAUGUGCAAGUAAACCCAGCCAUUUAUCCACCCAUUUCAAGACAUGACGUUACAGGAAUCCCAAAUGUGGUAUCGUCGGCAACCAUUACACCGAUUCGCCAAAACCCAAGAGAGAACAGAGGGAUUGGAUUUCCCAGUGCCGCUUUGUCGAGCGAAAGUACUAAAACACCGAUCUCGAAUUUUCAAUCGCCGUUGUCUACAACGUUUAAUGUUAGCCAACCAAACUUUUACACGGAAGUAAACCCACUUAAUUUGUCAACAAAUUCUAACAACGUAAAUACAACCUAUAAACCGACGUCGAAUUACAGCAACACUACCAAUAUCGAUGAAGACUACGACACGUAGUCAAUUUUCUCACUUAUCGUCAAUUUAUUGCAGCAGUGAGUUCAAUUACAGGCGUGCCAUGCCUUACACACAUAAAUGAAAUUUUUUUCAAAUUUUGCACUAGUAUCUGGAUUGUAAGUCUACUUAAUAUAUCUGAUUUUACAUAGUUAACCGACUACUCGAAAAUACGUCACUAUUAUGCUCAUUUGACUUGAAGGUAUGAGCAUGUGACAUCACCAAAGCCGAAACAGCAUAUUUGUUACGUCAUAUACUGUAUAAAUGUUUUUCGAGUGGCUUGUGGAUUCAACCUUCUCUGCAAGGUUAUAUAAUCUUAGAUUAUAACGUUCAAAUUUAAAAAUAGUUUGACAAAAUCGUACUUUACUUUGUUAGCCGAUUCUAUAGUAGACUCUGGGUACCAAGACGAUUUCAGUUCUAUUUUUCCUUAAUAGAAUUAUUACAGUGACGUGUUAUUUACGGAUAGUGUAAUUAAUAUUAAAUGGUAAUAUUAUACAGUGGCACAGCUUGUUUUUGUUACUGCAAUAAUUUUGCACCGAAAUUAUUCUCAAGAGACUAAACACAAAUGAUAAUAUAUAACACUCGAUUUCGUUUUAAGCUACUUUUUUUUAUACAUGUUAGAAUUGCCCAUGCGUAUGUAGAAACGUAGGUAAUUUGAAUUUUUUGAAGAGUCGAAAGUCUGUUUGUGAGAAUGUUAUUGUAAAUAUCUACUGUAUAUUCAUUGUUAUAGUUCUAUUUAAAAGACGAUUUCAAACACUGUAUGUAGCAUGUGUCUAGCCAUAGCUUGCGACCUCAAAAUCCAGUAGCUGCUUCUUUGAACGGUGGGAAAGGGGGGGGGGGGUCGAAAUUUGACUGGAAGAAUUAAAAUUUUUCCGUUACAUUAUUUGUAAUAAAAAUUGAUAUUCUGACGUGAAAUUUAAAUUGAAUCAUUCUUAAUGGCUGUAAAAAAUUAUUAUUCUUGGACGGAUUGAAGUAAAUAAAAUUAGAAAUGGCUGAUUUUCUGGAAUGAUAUCUAGAAUCGACUAAAACUUCUUCAAACCAUAGAGGUAAGAAUAUCGGGAGAAAAUGUAUAUUCAAUGCAGGUCACAGCAAUAAAAUUAUAGCUAAUCGUUUGCUUUCGUAUUCAUUGGACACAGAUAUUCUUUGUAACUAUGAAAUGACUGUUUUCAACGACAUACGUGGUGUAUUAUUUGCUUGAAAUACUGUUCGAAAUCAAGGACACAAGUUCUAUUAGAAUUAAGACAAAGCUUAACUUGUUUUUGUUCCUAUCUCAAUCUCUCGAUGUUAUUGACACAAAGGAUAAGGUGAUAUUAAAAUAGUCCCCAUGCGAAUUCUCAAGUGAACAGUUAUAAAAUUCCCAAGCAGUUAGAAUUAAAAUUUUUGCUGAAGUACAGUAUAAACGGAUUGAGAUUGAUCGUACCUAAUUUCCAACACAAUGAAGUUACCUCAAGAUUUUCAAUAUAGUAUUUCAAGAAACAACGAAGAUAGACAGUGAUGUAGUAUAAUACCUUAUUAUAGGUGUAUCUUUGUUGAGAACUUCUUUUGAUUCGAUUUUAUGAGCGAAGCUAUGAAGUUGACUGCUAAUCUCAAUUUGUGAUUUUACUACAUUCUACUUUCGAUAACAGUUCUUGACAAAGAUAUAUCUGUGGUGAAUCGGUUGUUCAAAUGAAAUCAAAUCAAAUUUCGCAUAGUAUCGAAAGCAGCUACUAUAUUCGCAUUGAAAACGCACCAUUUCUCAGAAUUCUUGACUUUAUGACCUUGUAAUUUUCUAGUGGAUUUUAUACAUUAUGGCAAACGAUCAAAUGUCAAGAUUUUUUUUCUUCAAUCGUUUGAAAAUAUUAAUUUUAUAAAGUUUUUAAUAAUGGUUCGAUUUUCAUAUAACUCCAGGGUGUCAAUUCUUAUUAAAAACGAUCCAACCAAAAAAAUUAGUAUCUUCUAGCAUCAGUAUUUCACGGGGUUAAAGCUUCAGCCACUCCCCCUCCCCCAACUAAAUCCCUUUAUCUGUUUAUUUACAGAAUAGCAAAUUUGUAUAAUGCGUGAAUAUUCGAAUUCACUCUCGAAACUAAGAAAAGAAAAAAAUUGAUAUUGAUCAGCAUUGAAAAUAUUUGUAUACGUAAUUGUAAAAUGCAGU